AUGCAAACAGUAAUUCCGGUUGUACCUGGGUUAAAUGCCAGCGAGGACUGUUUGGUACUAAACAUAUGGUCACCCAGUAGUCCAUCCAAUGGGUCAAAAGCGGUCAUGUUUUGGAUACAUGGAGGGACUCUCGUGUUGGGCUCUAUAUUUCAAGACUAUUACGACGGAAGUGUUUUGGCCACUCAUGAUGUAGUGAUUGUGUCCACCAAUUAUAGGUUGGGUCUGUUUGGCUUCUUGUAUGGGGACAGGGAGGACGCGCCCGGAAAUGUGGGCUUUUAUGACCAGUUAUUGGCUCUCAAAUGGGUUAGAGAUAAUAUCCAUGCAUUUGGUGGGGACAGGGAUCAGAUCACUAUAUUUGGCGAGGACGCCGGCAGUUGGUCCGUGUCUGCACAUAUACUCUCUCCCCUAUCAAAAGGCUUAUUCAAGAGGGCUAUUAUGCAAAGUGGGGCCCAUAUGUAUAAUAAGGACAGGGAUGCUGUCAGUAAACUCGAAGCCCUAUCCGAUGCCAAGCAAUUAGCAAAACGUCUGAAUUGUAGCGAAACUGAAGAUUGGUUGCAAUGUCUGCGAAAAGUGAAGGCAAACGAGUUGUCAAUGUAUUCAAAGAAUCCUACAUUUCCUGUGUUAGGCAAUCAAUUUCUGCCCAUUUCUGCGCAAAAAGCAUUUGCAGACAACAAAUUUAAUUUAGAUAUCGAUCUCAUGGCGGGUGUCACUCGGGACGAGGGCUCAGUUUUUAUGAGCGGAUUUGUGCCAAAUAUACAUAAUAUGACUCUUCAGGACUUUAUGGCAGGCGUUAAAGCAUUGGAUGUUAUGUAUCACGGAAUAGACAUCCAGGAAAUAUCCGAAUAUUAUCACCAAAAUAGCUCAUGGUCCUUAUUCUUGAGAUACGCCUUUUCAGGUCUGACGGGUGAUAUUAUAGUGGUCUGUCCCACCUAUACGUUUGCCAAACAGUUUGCAAUUGCCUGUGAUAUUAAUACCAUGGGCAUUUGUCACGGAAUGGACAUACCAUUUGUGUUUGGACUGCCAUUCAUUAGACCUGGUUAUUUACCCAAAGACGUGGAUUUGAGUAAACGUGUGAUGGAUAUGUGGACUAAAUUUGCCAAAACUGGGUGUGGAUCAGUUGAUAGACGGGGAGGGGUUCGGGGCUAA